AUGUUACCAGAUGAAGACCAAGUAUCAAGAAUAUUUGCUUGUCCCCAGUGUCCAAAAAUAUUUGCCACCCGUUCUAAUUUGAAACGCCACAUGGAAAAUCCUAAUAUUCACAAUAUACCCUAUGUCAGAAGUCGUGAUCAAAAGCGAUGGAAAGGUCAUUCUAAAAAAGUGGUGUCUAAAGAAGAAACAACCGAAAGUAACAAUGAUAGGAUGAGAAAAUGGCGCGCAGAAAAUCGAGAAAAGAAUAGACAAAAUGAUCUAAGAUGUCGUGUUUAUCGUUUAGCGCGUCAAAAGUAUGGUGAAAAUGACUCUAGUGAAAAGCAAGGGUUCGUGCGAGAAGAAAUUGCCAGAAGACUAGGUCGUCGUAUGAUGAUGGAAAGAAGAGAGGCCAAUGCCUUACUCUCUCCUCUCAGUGAUCUUGUUCAAUUACCCUUCUAUAGUGCUCCCCAACAAAAGAUUGAAUUACCUUCCAUUGAUAGCUUCACAAGAACAAAUUCAUGGUCCUCUUCACCACCAGAUUUCUCUUCCUCAUCAAAUACAUCUUCUCCCAUCCUACCACAUCUAUCUCCUACUUUACAACGUCGUACCAGCAGUAGUAGCAUAAGUAGUGUAAGCAGUAUCACAACACAGCAAAUAGGCAAAGAAAAGAGGCGAUCUUCUUCUGUCACAACCUUAUCCGAUAGCCCAUUUUGUGUGUUACCAUCCAUGCAUGCUUUUCUGUCUUAUGCACCAUCAGCAGGCGGAAUUAAAUAUGUCGACUCCAACAAAAUACUAGAUGAAUUUGUCGGCGUUGUUCUAAAUUACGUAGAUAAUGCAACAGUGGCUCAAUAA